AUGUUUACUAAAUCAGUUAAUGAUCGUGCCUUAUACGAACGGUUAACUGGGAUUCAAGAGUUUAGUGGAUUACCUGCUUCAAGCUUAGGAUUGACUUCUGGACAGGUGUUGAAUGCAUUGGAUACAUCUAGAGAGGAGUAUUCAACCUUGGAUCUCUUUGGUGUGCAUGUUCUGCGGGUACUUUUAACCAUUCUCUUGUUUGUUUAUAUGAGAAUGUUUGGAAUUCGUCUGUAUUUACUGAAUGCAUGGAUGUUUUUAAAAGUAUUCUGGUUUGAUUUACAAUUGAAUUCAUUGAAUUCCAGACCGCAAGAUUCAACCAAUCCAUUCGUAUUGAUUGCGAAUGCAAUUGUGUUUUACUGGGGAAUAUUACUUAAUGUUCCAGCAGAAUUACUACGAGUUUCCAAACAAGUAUUUAUAAAUACUCCGAUAGGGCUUGACAAUUGUAAACGAUACAUCCCAAAAGCAAACACCCCUUCAAGUGUUACAUUAAUUUUAGACUUGACUCCUCAUGUGCUACUACCACCUCCUGAGAUUCCUCAACCAUAUUUAGAUGCAGACAGAAAUAUUCAAGUUCCAGAUAAGAAGGAAGUCCAAUUUGUGAUUGCCGUUAGGAAUGAAUAUUUCACCCAGUACAAAUCACAUAUUGCUGCUGAGCGAGUUAGGCUUUUACGAGAUAUAAGUAGGUUUAUUACUUGGUGCUGUUUGGUUCCCAGUAUUAACGAGUUGACCAUUUAUGAGAAACAGGGUAUAGUAUGGGAUGCUGAAGACUACAAUGGGAUUGAAGCUAUGAAGAAUUCCAUUCUUGUUGAAUUGGAAUCAUUUGCUAGUUCAUGUAAGAAACAUGAAUUGCAAGAAUUUAAAGCUUGUAUACCUUCAAUAACUUUAGUUGACUGGUUCAAUAAGACUAGAUUUUCUGUUAAUGAACCUGAUGAUAUAGUUGGAAAUGAUCAACAUAUUGAAAUUGAAGACGUGUUGAGUUCUUAUGAGGAACAACGGCAAUUAGUGGUAAACUUAUGUGAUCUUCGAAUUCGAGAAACAAAUUUCAAGAAAUUAACUUCGAAAAUUCUUCAGGAAUCACUUGAAUCAAGUGAUAACGUAUUCAAUGAAGAACUUCCUUCUACUCCAGAUUUGAUCGUUGCUCCGUGUAAUAGUGGCAGGGUAAACAACAGUUUAUUGGGAUAUGCAUGCAUUGACCAAAGCAUUGACGAUAAAACAAAGUCUAUGGUGAUAUUUUCCGAUUUGGAAUUUGGGUUCCCGUUCUUUUCCAAAUCCCUAUACAAUUAUGCAUUAGAUCAACCAAUUGAAUCUCCCAAAGGGACCCAAGUUCCCAGUAAUACUGUUUUAAGAAUGGCCCAAAGCAGAAAUAUUGCUCAUUAUGUCAAAAAAGUAAAGAAUUUAGAAUUUCAACCUAGUGUUGACGUACGUUCCCCGGUAUCACCACGUCAAGUUGCAAGUCCUUUGGCUGUUAAUAUUUAAAUUGUUUGUCUCGCUAUGUGUUACCCAAAUCAGAGUGUUUUAUGUGCAGGAUGUCUUUCCCCUUGGCUCUGUUUGCGUGUUGUUGUGUGGCACGCAUAAAACUGGUUUUGCUAUUUAAAGUUCUUACU